AAAAUACAGUGCUUGUUAUUGCUUUUCAUUGUGUAUGCAAGUUUUUUUUUCGUUUUAUUGAACACGAUAUUAAAUAUUGGAAUUAUACCCCAUAAAUCAGCGAUUCACAAUAUAGACGAGAAAAGUGAGUGACAAUCGACAACGACUGACUUAUAGUGAAGAAGACAGUCUGAUGUUAUUGUUAACAGAAAUAUUUCAUCGUUAGUCAUAAUUCACAAUUGUUGGCAAUAAGAAAAGAAGUCAAAAAGCAAUUAGUAUUGCAUGAAUCGCUAGCGUCUUCCUUUAUGUGAAAAAGUAACGAAAUCAACAUCAAAAAAAAAUUAUUUUUUCAUGAAUAAGCAUAAAAGAUGGAGCAAAAUUCAUCAAGUGUUUGUGUAGCGACAAUUCAUAAAGAUGAUCAAAAGUCAACGAAACUGCUGGAUGAUGCAAUGCCACUUUAUGCUACCAUUAUACCAGCGAAUACACGACGAGCUAGGCUUCAACAGCAGCAGCUACAACAAAAACAACAACAGCAGCAAGAGCAAACAGCGACCACAAAACAAACGUUUCAACAGCAACAAUCACAGACAAUUUGCAGUAGUAAUCACAAAAUGUCUAAUGAAAAUCGAAUAUUAAGUAGUGAAAACAAAAAGUUAAAUGAGAAUGGCAAUGACAAUAAUUAUGAUUCGACGUCGGGCGAGUCGGAUGGUGAGGAAUCAGUUGAAUUAUGGUCAAAUGAAAUUCCCGUUUAUGUAAAAGGUGAACAAAGAUGGAUAUCUGGUGUUACCGACCAGACAACAUGUUUAGACAUAAUUGAAGCUUUAUUGAUGGAUGAGGGCAUACUAAAAUCUACAAAUGAUAGCAAUAAUAAUACUAAUGGUGGAAAUUUGUAUCCACCUAAAGUGAAUGACUAUGUCAUUACGGAACGAUGGCGUAGAAUGGAGCAGGCACUCGAUGGACGAACGAAAAUUCUCAAGAUAUGGACGGCGUGGGGAACAGAACAAUCUGAGGUCAGAUUUUGUUUAAAACGUCGGUCUGAUUCUCACCAUUCAUCAAAUCAACAACAGCAGCAGCAACAGCACCAAAGUCAAAGUCAAACACAAACGACGGGUGGUGGUGUGGCGAUUUUAGCAGGUGAUCGCGAUAGUGGACGAGGAAGUCCAACUGGUAGUAUCAAUAGUGCUAUUGUUCGGAGGCGACGACAUCGUGCAUCAAAAUCAACAUUCGCAUGGAUGACUCAUGGACAAACGAUUCAUCCGAAAUCGUCGAAAAAUAAUAUUGAGCGAUUAAUGAAAUUAAUUUUGGAGCAAGGUGAAGUCAUUCAGCAGCAAUUGUCGAAAUUGAGAGACCGCGAGCUAGAAAUCUCAACUCUCGAAGAGGAACGUCACAAAAUCCGCGAGAAAGAGCACGGCAAGAACUACCUCCUCGAGACAUACUUAAAAGGAAUUUCGAAUGACAAUGACGAUAAACAAGAGCUUGCAGCGGGAAAUUCCGAUUCGGGUGUACAUACAGAAGAGACAGCAGCAUCACCAGAAGUACAGCAUGAAGAUGAAAUCAGCGAUACAUUAAUUCCACUUAAUGAGCAAAACUUGAGUUCUGUAAAAGUCUCAUCGAAGAAACAUCGUCGUUCAAAACGCGAGCAUGAAUUAAUGCUCGAGCAUCAAUCAACAAAAGAAUAUUCAAGUGCAAUAAGUAGCGAGAAGAAGUCAAUUGUCGAGAAUGAACAGCAAGUACAAGAGGAAUUGAAAAUGAUGAGGAAUGAUGAUGAGAUGCCAAUGAGUAGCGAAGUGGCAGCCCAAAUCGAUAUUCUUGAGAAGCUAAUCGUUCUGAAUAAGCAUUUGCAGCGCGAGGAGGAGUUGUGCGUUCGAUUGAGUGCAAAAAUUAAACGAUAUGAGGCUGAUGCCUCGGGUCUAUCAGAAGCGCAAGUGAAGGAAUCACUGGGUCGUGUAAAUGAACAGUUAGAUGCAAAGAAUUGUGAAAUCGCUCAAAUGGAGAGCGAAAUUAAAAUGUCGGAUGACGCACUCAACUCAAAAACGGAUGUGCUGAAGAAGCUUUACGAUGACUUGGAAGAGGCUGAAGUGGAACAUAGAAAAUUGGAUGUUAGUAAUGACGUAAUUGAUGGAGCAACAGCACUUAUGCCGCCAGAAUUGCCUCCACUCAAGAGUGAACAAUUUAAAAUGCUUACACAAAAUGAGGAGCUUAAUAUGAGUCGCGAGUAUUUAGCUGAGAAUAUUUACAACAUAAGUAAAAUAAUUUUAAAGAGUAGUGGACAAUCGAUGCCUUUAAAUAUGAACAAUAUCAAUCAAAAUUCAAUUGAUUUUUCACGUCACAUGACUGACACUUUAUCAUCAUCAAAUUCAGCCGUACAACCAAUGCCAAUGUUAAAUCAACAAAUCUAUCAAAUGCCACAGCACACCAUGCCAUCGACAGCUGAAAAAAGAAUCAUUCAAGCGCAAAUCCAUUCAAUUCCAACACAUCAAUUGACAAAUAAUACAAUUACGGAUAUAUCACAAUUUAAAUCGACACUGCCACAGCAUCACCAGCAGCAACAACAUAAAUACAAUGAAGCAAUGCGUGCGUCAAUGAGUUAUUUAGCAACGAUUAACCAAAGAAUUCAAAAGAAUAAUCAUCAUAUUGAAAGCGAUAUAAAUAAUGUUAAUAAUCCGAUAAUUCAAGCUACCCAAUAUAAAUUAGGUCCAAAGAAGUUAUUGAUCAAUACCCAAGCUAUAAACGGUAGUAGUAGUUGUAGUAAUAAUAGUAAUAGUAUUAUAGAGAGCAGGAACAAUAUUUAUAAGCGUAAUAUGAUUUUACAACCAAAUGAUUGCAUCAAUUUGACUACACAACAAGAUGUUUCACAGUUAGGCACUUUAGUUUGAAAUUUAAUUUCAAUUCUCUGACUUUUAUGCUAUUCUAUGGAAAAAUUAA